CACGACGACCGUUUCUACGAGCUGAUGGAGGUCUUCGAUAGAGUCAUGACCGAAAACGGCCUGACGUACUUCCUCUACGGCGGAACGCUGCUGGGCUCCUACAGGCACCACGGAUUCGUUCCCUGGGACGACGACCUCGACGUCAUCGUGCCCGAUUCUCUGAGGAACCUGACGUGGAAAGUAUUGGCUAAAAUCUCCCCAGCGGACUACGUCCUUUACUUUGACUUCGCCUGCUACUGGAAGCUGUUCUCGCCACACUGGGAUUCGAUCGACGAGCGCCCGUGGAGGUUCCCGUUCCUGGACAUAUUCUUCUACCAAGACAAUGAGACCCACAUUUGGGACGCGUGCCCCGAUUAUAAGAAAUACUUUACUUACGCCAAGUCCGUGGUGUUCCCUCUGCGCAGAAGACCUUUCCUGAACCUGUCCUUGCUGGCUCCUCGUGAUGCGAGGGCGGUCAUCGCCCAGACAUACAGGAUAGACGUCUGUCAGUCAAACUAUUUCUGCCACAGUUUGGAGAAAUUCGUACGUUACACCAAAAUCCCCUGCUCCAGGUUAGACUCCGUGCACCCCUUUGUGAGAAGGACUUACAUGAAUGGAGGUUGCAAUGAAACUCUGGUGGACCAAGGAAACAUAACAAAGGUUUUCUUUGACUGGGGAGUAAGUUGCUAG